CCGGCUCGCCAUGAGCGGCCUCAACACUUCCGAGUCCCACGUCCUGUGUCGCUCCGGCCAGUUGUUUCUGCAGCCGGUCUGGGACCGCCUGAGGACUCGGGAGGCCUUCGCGCAGUCGCCCUUCUUCCCGGCCGUCUUCUCCAUCACCGUCUACCUGGGGCUCUGCCUGCCCUUCGCGCUGCUGGACGUCCUGUGCCCCUGGGUGCCCGCGCUGCGGUGCUACAAGAUCCAGCCCGACUUCUUGCCCACGGCGCGGCAUCUGCUGCCCUGCCUGGGCCAGACGCUCUACCAGCACUUGGUGUUCGUGCUCCCCGCCACGCUGCUGCACUGGGCCGGUGGCGCGGCUCUCCUGCCGCGUGAAGCCCCGGAGCUGCUCCAGCUGGUGUACCACCUCGUGCUGUGCCUGCUGCUCUUCGACACCGAGGUCUUCGCGUGGCACUUGCUGCACCACAAGGUGCCUUGGCUGUACCGGAACGUUCACAAGAUGCACCACAAGAACUCGCCCUCCUUCGCGCUGGCCACGCAGUACAUGAGCUUCUGGGAACUGUUAUCCUUGGGCUUCUUUGACAUGAUGAACGUCACGCUGCUCCAGUGUCACCCGCUCACUGUCAUGGUCUUCCACGUGGUCAACAUCUGGCUGUCGGUGGAGGACCACUCGGGCUAUGAAUUUCCCUGGUCCACGCACAAGCUGGUACCUUUUGGGUGGUACGGGGGUGUGGCGCACCACGACUUGCAUCACUCUCAGUUUAACUGCAACUUCGCCCCUUACUUCACACACUGGGACAGGAUACUGGGAACUCUGCAGUCUGCUCAUGGCAAGUGACAUGUGUCCCUCCCGGGCAGUGGCCCCUGAGAACCGGGACUGAUGUGCAUUUCACACUUGAAUCAGAGGAAACACACUUCAGCUUUUUUAUUUUUAUAUUUUAGUAAGUAAUUUAUUACUUGAUGGACGUUUAUAGAUAAAAUCUGAUGUAUUUUUGCAAUCUGAUGAAGUAAUUUAUGUACUUUUUGUGUACCGACAGUUGUAUACCUGGUAUUGAAAUCUAGUUCAAUAGCCUCGAUUCUGGGAUGUUUAGAGAUUCAUCACUGGCAUAUUUAAGUCAUCUCCAAAAGGAUUUGUUUGUAGGGUAAAGAGUUUCCAAUGUUUGAAAGUGCCCCAGAACCAGGCUGAAAAACCUAUUUUUUAAAGUAGAGAAUCUGAUCUCUGACUCUUUAGACAAAGAAACAUGUUCCUGCUGGGCAGUGACUAGGAUUAUUGUAAUUUCUAUAUUUUCAUAGAACUUUGUAUUUAUAUGGAAAGAAAUGUUAUUUGUGCUUAAAAAAAAACAGAAAUAAACCAAAU